AUGGAGGGGACACCAAGACGAUCCAAGCGAAGCAGUACUGCUUCUUUGCCCCCACGGACACCAACCAACCAAUCGUCGAAGAAAGAAAGCAGCAAAGCAUCCACAGGGCGAAAGGGACCACGGACGAGGAGCAAGGGAGGGGAAACAAGCGACGCUGACUCCCAAGCGUCAAGAGCUAGUGCUGGAUCUCGUGGGAGCGGGUCGACUGGAACGAGGACAAGGCUGCCUCUUUGGAUUGAGAAACAACUAGCCGAAGACAUUGAGAGUGAAGGAGGUAUCCUUGGAUUUGACGCAAACAAGGCACAAGGACUGUCGGAGCUUUGCGAUUAUCGAACCGAAGAUCUGAACCAACCAGAAUUCUACGGUACUCGAGGAUCUGACCAACGAAGAAAGAUUUCCCAAAAGGUCACGAGGUGGAAGAAGGCUGAUCCAGCGAAGUAUCUGGAAAGGCUUGCUGUGUUGGGUGUCACUCCAUCCAAGCUGCGCAAGGGCAAGAAUAAAGGAAGCCGAAAGAAAGGGUUGGUGCCUCAACACAAGAAGAAGGAUCGUGUGCCUGAAACGAUCGAAGCAAAGACGGUAGACGACGAUAUUUCUUUGGACGAUCUGUCCCAAGACUUAUCUCUAUUAUCCAUUGAGGAAGAGGUAGAACCUUCAAUAAAAGAGCCUGCCGCAAGAAAGCAAGAAGAAAGCAAGAAGCCCCCAACAAACGAUAGCACUCCAAAGAGCCGAAACAAGUCCAAGAAAUCUACUCCACUCAAAACAACAGCAGCAAAGAAACAAAUCAAAAUGUCAAACAGUUUUGGGUCCGAUGUUACGCGCACCAUCCACAUCGAUCUCUCAUCCCCGGGAGAUCAAGGCGAGGGUGUGUUUGUCUUCAAGAUUUCAGCAUUUGAGCAUGUCCUCCCAGCUGGGUUUCGUUUGGAUGCAACCGAAUAUGGAGCCCGUCAAGCAAACGUUCAAAUCAAGACUGGCCACAAGGCAGCUCUUACGGCCUAUGGGCGAUUGCCUCCACAGGAUGUGUACCAAAAGUUUUGCUUGCAAUUCAGUGAUAAUGUGAAGCUUACCGAAGCGCCGUUUGGGGUGACUGGCUCUGCUGGAGAGCAAGUCGACACCGCUGCGAUGAAGGUGAUUUUGUAUCGCAAGGGAACGGGAAAGAAGGAUAAAAGCAAUCAAGAUGUGCUGGACUUGCACACUCGAAUCACUUUUGUGUUUGCUGAUUUGGCCAAGAAAACUGUUUUGGAUGGUGCCACAAAGCGCGGUUCGAAGGCAGUCGAUGAUGCAUUUGGAGGCAACAGUCUCUUUCCUGCAGCACCAACCGGAAUUCUCGUGGCACCAGUUCUCAUGGCACCAGUUCCAGUUCCAGCACCACAACUACUUCCAGCAGCAGCACCAGCACCAGCAGCAUCCAUGGGGCUACUGUCGCAAGCUGUAUCGAUGGCCGGAUCACUUGUUGGGCGUACCGGCAAGAAGACUGAAUCCGAGGAUAUCGAGGCUACUCAGAAAGCAAUGUUUAAAAAGACCGCUGAUAGUGAGAACAGAAUGACAGUUUCGGAGAAGGGACGAGUAAGUGCAAGAAAGCAAGCACUUGCAAAGGCAAGGUCAGAGCAGGAUGGAACAGAACAAAUGAUUGACACAUUGAUGGAGGAAUUCGAUGGUGAUGUCGCGGAACGCAGAGCUCUUGGUCUUGUGGAGGAACUCAGCUCUUCUGAUCAGCAGGACGUAUCUGCUUUGCCACCACUGCCAGAUGACGUUGAUGCGGAUCUGGAUGGUCUAUUUUCUAGUGAAUCUGAGGACGAGUAUUUGGAUUAUGAUGAUGAUGGGGUGUGA